GGGCAAGGAAGGACUGUGCAUUGAGGGUUUCAUGCUGUGGUGGCUCCUCCGGUGUUUCACUGAUGGGAGCACCUCAUGAAGCUUUCCUGGAGCACCAUCUGGGAGUUUCAGGAGCGACUCUUUCAGAGCUGGGCCCCCAAGGACAACGUGGUCCUCAGGAUCCUUCAAACCUCCAUGAAGGAACUCACAAGGAAACACUGGGACCUGCCACCCCCAGAACUCAAGUGAGGGUCCUUGAGGGCGCCCCCUGGCAUUGGGCCCCUAUGUGAGGGGGACAGACUGUCCCUCCCCACCCCACCAGCUCAGCUCCAGGGACUCAUGCCAUCAGUCCCUCUGGGACAAAAGCCUUGUCCUCCCCCAGCCUGGCCUGAUGGAGCUGUCCCCAAGGCUGAGGCCGAGGCCCAGCAGCACAAGGAGGCUUCACCAGAACCCAGGGCAGCAAGCCGCUCUGUGAGGGGCCCAGAGGCUCAAGAUGAGGCCAGCCUGUCGCCCAGUGAGGUCAGGCCUUGCACAUGAAAAUGCCUGUGCUGGAACUCUAUGCCACAGCUCCCGACAGACCUGGAUGUUGGGAGCCCAUUCCCUAACUACAAUUUUGAACAGGGCUACUGGGCCCGUCACUUCAACAUCUUACCUGGGCAGCUCUGGAACCACAGGACCGGCCUGGCCCAGCAAGCCCACUGGGACCCCGACACCAGGCCCUAUCUGGGCUUAUGACAGAGAGGACACAGGUCGAGAGACACCCCAGCAGCAAGGUGGCACCUCCCUGCAACCCCCCUUGGUAGAAGAACUUGGAACGUUAGGAGCCCACACGGCAAAGGUGGACCACAGGCCUCCAGGUGACCACGCAAGGGACCAGGGCACUGCAAGCCCCGAUGCUGUAAGGAUUCACAUCAGAGAACCUGGACAAGCCAGGUCAGAGACACUGAGCACGUGCAGUGAUGACCAUGUGGAGGGCUGGCUCAAGGGAGUCAACAGCUGUGAACACUGCUGCCUCUUCCUGGCCUCAUCGCUGCAGUGCAGGCAGUCUGCACCCCAGAGCCUGGCCCAGCAACACCGCGAGUGCCCUAGUCCACUAUGCCAACAUGGCACCCAGAGGCUUCGAGGCCCUGCCUGCCGCACCACCCGCCUUCUGGAGGCCUCGUCCUGCAGCCUAGCCCCUGCCGCAGCCACAGCAGGCACCACUGCCAAGUGCCUUCCAGCCGGGCUUCCCAGAGGACAGAGGCACCCUGCAGUCAUUGCCUCAGCAGCUCAGACUGUGAAGAUAGUUUCAUCCACAUUCCCAUGUUCCCACCAAAGAGAAUCCUUGCAGAGGAUGCUCUUGAUCCUGAGGUGGGGAAAACAGCACACUAGGUGGAGUCAGCUCCUUUCGCUGGCCACCAUGAUUGCUGGAUGGGCCCACAAACAAAGCAGCCAUCAGACAGGCAUGGGAGGGAAGAGGCUCAGCAUCCUGCUCGUUCCCUGACCAGGCCAACACCACUGCCGAAUGCCCCACCUGCUGAUGAGAGACUUGGUGUCGAUCCCUGGACUGGCACCAUUUCCCAGGAGGACCGGCUGGCUACCUGUGGGCAGGCUGCCCACACUGUGGAGAAGGCUGAGAUUGGCCUUCACUGCAGGGAGCCCCUACCUGGACAUAGACUCGCCAGCCCUGCCUUUUGCCGUCACAGGAGCCCACAUGGCAUUGCUUGUUACCAGGGUACUCCAUUCACAGUGAGGGACAUGCAGCAGUGGUCCUUGACUAGGGAACUAACUGUUCUCGCUACAUCACCCACCGCCUGGAAGCAACUGGACUUAACGAUCGCUGUUAUGCUGAAGUGGUGAGGUUGUCUUAUGAGAUGAAUUUUAUGCUCUCUACUGGAAGCCAGUGUAUGGUGAUGACUCUCCCACAACCAGGUGUGGUUCUGAGUGAAGGUGUGAAAGUGGACGAUGUUCAGUAUUGCACCAAACGUCUCAGUCACAAAGUUUUCCUAUGCGUGUCCUGGAGAAAUGGGGCUUUGCUGGUUGGAAGGUCUUAGGACCCAGGAAGAGUGGAGCUUCCCCCAGGGGAACACAACAAUGGUUCUAUUUAAUAUGAGGAGACAGGACUAAGUCUGAAACCCCGGGGCAUUCUCUGGUGUUCUUAAGUGUUUCCAUGUAAAGGAAGUCAAGUAACUUGCCACAAAGUUUGCCACAGAAGCAUCUGAAAAAGGAGAGGGCAGAACUAUUCAGAACUCACAAGCUUCAGAAUCAAAGAUGAGGCCGAGCAGAAGACUCCUGACCUGCUGAGGGCAGGGGAAGUAUGUGGGGGCGGCUGGGAAAGGACGUUAUAGAGGUCCACCAUGGCCUCGUGAGCUGUCACAGAACCGUGCACUUGAAUUCCUGUGCACAUCUCCUCUCCACUGAGUAUAGUAUUUCUUUGCAUUUGCUACUCUCCACACAGGGAGCUUGCUACAAAAUGCACAUAACCACAGCCCAGGUCUUGCAAUCCAAGCCUGGCAAGGAUUCAGCAUGUCAAGGGCUUCCAGUCUGAAGGUCCAUGGUUGUCCUGAAUCCUGGAUGUCACCUUCCUGCCCAAAAAAGGAGGGACAAAGCUCAAUCAGCAGCAGGUGACUCACAGAAAGGGACGAAACAUUGAGUGCGUGGCCUUCCUGACACCCAGACAAGACUUUGGGCACAAAGCCAGGCUGCAGCUCUGGCCACUGACUCAGACCAGGGACGCCCCCAUGCAGGCCGAUGUGCCCUGGCUGCUCUUCUCCCUCCUGCCACCCUCUCUUCAGCUGCUUGUGUCAAUAAAAGGAAAACCGGCCAGUUUUCGGAGAAAAUGUAGCUUUAUUAUGACAUAGGAGACUACAAAGCAUGGGGGGGGGGGGGAGGAGUGACACAGCUCCUCAAAGUGGGAGGGGAAAGGAAAGAGUAAACAUCUUGGUAAAUGAAGUCUCCAACCACAGCACAGUCAUUGGAAUUUUUUUUUCUUAAUUUUUAUUUUCAAACACAGUAAACAAAACAAUCACUUAAAUUGUCAAAAGAAGAGCAAUUUUACACAAUGAAAAGCAUACACACCAAGCUAAAAUACAACAGCACUCGGGUCUAUAUGUUGCAGUGGUGGUGGUGCUGGAGGGAACGCCCAGGGAGGUUGCAGUGCUCACCAGGAAGCCCAGGUCCACGGAGGGAGCCCAGGUCCACAGAGGGCCCCGGGGCCAGAGGGAGGCCGCCCUCACUCCCAGCACAUCCCCUGCCUCAAAGCACUCCCUUCAGGCAUCUGAAGAGGGAAAGGCCAUGUGUCUUCCUGGGAGGCACUGAAAGGCCAGCCAGCAUCUCCGAAACGCAGGCCAUUUUAACACUGCUGUGAAUGUGUUGGGGUCACCAAGGGGGCCCCUUAGUGGUCAGAUGCACUUUGUCACAAUUUACACCUACAUGGGGUGAUUACUAGGCAACGGGAGGUUUCCUGAAUUUCAUAGCCAGAUGGGGAGCUGAAAGGAGAGAUUCCUGAACCCAACACGUAAAUAUUUUGUUCUGACAAAGUAAAUUCACAAGAGCACAUCAAACACAAGACCUAAUGCAAGGGGCAGUACCAGGGCCGCCACCGCCUCCUGUGAGCAGCUCUUCAGCAGCAGGCAUUGGGUAACUGCUUAGAACGGCAAUGCCACAGUGGAAUAAGGGGGACUAACUUGGAUACAAAAGUUUAGAAUGCUGCCCACCAAGAAUGCAUGUGACUCCAUCUCUCUUCCCAGUUCUAAUGUUCUCAGAACAGCAGCCACCCCUGAAUGCAAGUGGAGACAGGAAGGGGACUAGGGGUUGGCCGGCGGGAGGGGAGGAAGGGUCUGGCCAAACCCGUGCAGCUGCCAGAAAGGCCCAAGGCUCACACACUGCCUUCUGCACUCCGCAAGACACCCCAGGAAACCAGGGCGUCCCAAAGUGGCAAGCCUUCAGGGAGGCACUGCCCAGCUCACAAUCCUCUGGGCCAACUUGCAACUCUCCUUUCCACUAGAUUUGUUCCUGAUUAAAAGACCGCUCAUAGGCCAGGCGCAGUGGCUCACGCCUAUAAUCCCAGCACUUUGGGACGCUGAGGUGGGUGGAUCGCCUGAGGUCAGGAGUUUGAGACCAUCCUGGCCAACACGCUGAAACCCCAUCUCUACUAAAAAUAUAAAAAUUAGCCCGGCAUGGUGGCGCAUGCCUGUAGUGCCAGCUACUUGGGAGGCUACUUGGGAGAACUGCUUGAACCCAAGAGGUGGAGGCUGCAGUGAGCCAAGACUGUGCCACAGCACUCCAGCCUGGGCAGUGAGAGCAAAACACCAUCUCAAAAAAAAAAAAAAAAAAAAAGACUGCUCAUCCUCAAAAGAGAUCUUCAAAGCACUGUCACCCCACACAGCAGAACUUGGUCACAUGGGGCCAUUUCUGAAAAUCUCGGCCCAUCUCUGUUUCUCUGAUAAUUCAUUUUGUAAAACAUGCUUCCAAGUGAAUUCUUUAAAUGCAGAAAGACAACAGAAAAUGAACUGAGCACGUGGGCAAGAGACCACAUCCCUCAGGCUUCUGCCACACAUGAUGGUUCUACGGGCUGUGAUCGCCAAGUCCUGUGUUCUCAUGUUUUCUACACUGAGCAGUGAGUAGCUACUCAGCUGCCACUGUCACUGCCCCCUCCCCAGCCAGCUAAGGAGCUGGGUCUGGUCCCCACCAGCUUCUCCAUGGCCUGUGAGCUAAGAAUAGGUUUCAGGUUUUUAAAUAGUUAAAAAAAAAAAAAAUCUUAAGUUUCUUGACACGGAACAAUAUAUGUAAUUCAGAUUUCUGUGUCUAAAAGUUGUACUGGACACAGCCACACCUCUGUACUAUUUAUGGCAGAGACCAUACAGCCCACAGAGCCAACAGUGUUUACUCCCUGGCUGUCUAUAAAAACAUCUGCCCACCGCUGAAACGGAUGAUCCUGUUCCUGCAGGACUGAAGAAGCCUCAGUUCAGAUGCAGCUGGGUCUCCUGGGACAAGCACAGCCCGAGACACAGUUGCUUCAUAAACUAUAUUUCAGUACUUUUCCUCCCCCUUGUCCCUAGUUUAUAAUUUCUCAGUGGACAAAUGGACAAACCACCUCUGUUUGAAUUUGAAUACACAGAUACAUGCAAGAUAUCUUACAAGGAACAAUGCACAUCCUUCUACUUUCUCUUUCAGCUCUGCUGACAAGCUCAAUCACGAUGUCCUUUUACUGCCACCACGCCCGAAAGUACACCAAACGUAAAGCAGAGGCAGACGAGACAAGAUGCAGGCUCCACCAGAGGCCACUCCAGCUUCGCGACCAACACCCUUGGCUGCCAGGCAGCGGUAGCCAGGCAAUGGGACAGAAGGCAGACA